AUCACAAACCGGGUCACGCUUCUGAUCUCUAGGGUUUUAUAUAAAGGCUCCACCUUUGCUUUGAAUCUUCAAUAGACUUACAGUGCUAUAUGCAGGCUUCAGAUCCAAGUAAAAGCUUCGCUUCUCUUAGCUCAUAAGCUUCCUUCUUGUUUCGUCUCAGGCAAUAUUAUGAGGAGGUACAGUCCACCAUAUUAUAGUCCUCCAAGGAGAGGAUAUGGAGGCCGAGUCAGAAGCCCACCAAGGAGAGGAUAUGGAGGUGGUGGGGGGUAUGGGAGACGCAAGGAGCAGAAUCAUGGAAGCCUACUGGUUCGAAACAUCCCUCUUGAUUGCAGACCAGAAGAACUUAGAGUUCCAUUUGAGAGAUUUGGUGUUGUAAGGGACGUGUAUAUUCCAAAGGACUAUUACACAGGGGAACCUCGUGGGUUUGCAUUUGUGCAGUUUUUGGAUUCAUAUGAUGCCAUGGAAGCUCAGCGUCGCAUGAAUGGACAAAUUUUUGCUGGGAGGGAAAUAUCUGUUGUGGUUGCAGCAGAGACAAGGAAAAGGCCUGAGGAAAUGCGGCAAAGAGCUAGGGUUAGAGGACCAUCAGGCUAUGGAGGACGAUCAUCUUAUUAUGGACAUUCUCGGUCUCGAUCACCAUCCCGAUCACGCUCCCCUCGUCAUCAUAUGAGUUCUCGGUCUCGAUAUCGUUCAAGGUCGUAUUCUCCUGCCUCAAGGCGGCGGGACUACUCUGCUUCCCCAGGUAGAAGGCAUGCAGACCAUCUUAGGUCUCCUGGUGGUCCUCCACCAGAGCAAGAUGGUGAUCACAUUCGCAGGUCAUAUUCUCCUGGUUAUGGUGCGGAUGAAAAUGGCCAUGGUUAUGGCGAGAAACCUCCAUAUGAUUCUGAGGAUGCAAGAGCUUGGAGGCCAUCACCUGGUAGAGCUUCAAGGUCACCCACUGGUUCUAGAUCUAGGUCCGCUGACUUGUCACCCAGGCGCAGUAGAUGAGGCAAGAUGGACUGGGAGUAUGUUAUUUUGGUUGCCAAUUUCUGUGUAGCGGUUUGUAAUGUGAUUUUCUUUCUAGAACUUGAACGUGAUAGAGCCGUAACAGUACUCUCGUGUUGAAUCAUGCGGGGAUAUAUGUGUUUUCUGAACCCCAAAUAUUUGGUUUUUAAGGCACCCAUGAGAUGUUACUUCGUAUCUCUAUGUGAAAUACUAGUCUGGUUUGGCACAAAUCUUGUGCAUUAAUGUUAAUGGAAUGGUAGGGCUCUGCAAAUGCAUGUUUUUAUUCUGUUA